UGUUAGCAGGCGGCUUCUACUGCAGACGUUUAGACAUGUGCUUAGCUUAAAAUACCAAAAACGAGCGACCUAUGAAAAUAUCGUGAUGUGUUGAGAGCGGCAGAGGUAAUUUUGAGGACAUAUUGUAUCCUGGUGGUCUGAUGGAAUGUUGAGUGUAUUUCUUUUAUCUACCUGGACGCACUUGGAAAUUUGCGAUGACCACAAAGCGCAAAAUGGUGAUUCCCUUCUCACCUAAACCUCACUUCACGUGACUAACAUGUGAAUAUGGGUUUCCUAGUGCUGGUAGUAAGAAUCAUGGGAAGGAUCAGCACAUUCAGAUCCUAUCAGUUUCUACUUCUACUGGCUGCAAUGUUUGCCGUUAUUGCUUUUUACUACUUUGGCUCUGAGAGGCACAGCUUCUCCAGCACCACAAAGAGGAUAAGACAGACCCAGGCCAACACCAACAGAAAUGAUGCUGACCUAACUGUGGACACCAGGAUUUCACACCUUCCUGCAUCAGAACAGCAAAGAGGGGAAGAGCUAAAUGUAGGAGAGGAAAGUGACAUUUCCAGGUCCAGAAAAGGGAGCUCCGAAGCUGGCGGCCAGCGCUACCAUGCUCUCAUGAUGUUCACUAAGGUGGACAGGAGCAGAAGCCUGCAAGACAAAUUCAGGGUGGCCAUGUUGUCCAUGGUGAAGCUUGCGCAUUUCCUGGAAGGAGAAGUGUUGGUGCUUCAUUUUGUCAGUGAUCAGGCUAGCCAAGAGCUGGGCCAGAGGAUGCUGCAGGAGUUGCUGCAGGAUGCACCAUUUAAAUAUGAGAUCAUCUUCCAUGAUGUGGUGGAACUCACACAGAAGCUCUUCCCCAUCGUGGAGGCCAUGCAGAAGCAUUUCAGUGCAGGAUCUGGAGCGUACUACAGCGAAUCCAUCUUCUUCCUGUCUGUAGCCAUGCAUCACAUCAUGCCUGAGAGUCUGACACGAAUAGUGCAACUCGACCUCGACUUAAAAUACAAGACCAACAUCAGGGACCUUUUCCAGGAAUUUGACAAAUUUCCUCCAGGAGCAGUCAUAGGAAUCGCCAGAGAGAUGCAGCCGGUCUACAGACACACCUUCUGGCUGUAUCGUAAGGAGAACCCCAAGACCAGGGUAGGAGAACCUCCUCCUGAGGGCCUUCCAGGCUUCAACAGCGGUGUGAUGCUGUUGGACCUGAGCGCCAUGAGGGCUUCGACUCUCUACAACCAGCUGCUGAAACCCAGCAACGUGGCCAAACUAGCAGACCAGUAUCGCUUCAAGGGCCACCUGGGGGACCAGGACUUCUUCACAAUGAUCGGCAUGGAGCAUCCUGAACUCUUUUACUCUCUGGCCUGCGGCUGGAACCGACAGCUGUGCACCUGGUGGAGGGACCACGGCUACGGAGAUGUGUUCCAGUUGUAUUACGGUUGUGAUGGGCCUGUUUAUAUCUAUCAUGGGAACUGUAAUUCCCCUAUUCCAGAUGAUUGAACUGAAAAAGACAUUCAUUGUGUAGCAGAGGGAAAUAUUUUUUCUGCUAAUGCGGGAUGCAGGACUUGUUUUCCAGAGACAAUGGCUUUCCUUACCAGUCGUGGAGCCUGCCUCUCUGCUGGCCAAGAGGAUAUGAAAGGCUGCCAACCAAAUGACUGAUUUUACUGCUUUAUUUUAUGUUCAGCCUAAAGUCUAAAGCUUCUGUUUUUGACAACAGCAGUGCAGAGGAAGCAUGCUUUUGCAUUGAUGGGAUUGACUCAUGCAGCGCCUAAUGCCAUGAUAAUACAUUACAUUCCCAAUAUCAUGAAUUUUACCCCAAAUGGCGACUGGGCAUGCAGGACAGCACUGAUGAUGCCAAAGCAUCAAAAUGUUACAACAGUUUGAAAGAAAACAAGCAUCAAUAAGCUGAUGUUCUUCAUGCGGCUGUUUCCGUCUCCAUUCUCAAUGGAUGUAUUUAUUUUCACUGAGGCUUUACAGAAGGAAGGCUGUCCAGCUUUCUGCCACAGUGCAAAAACACGCAUAUCACGUUAAUUAGCCUUUAGCUUUAUCAUUGUUCAUGUACAGCUAUCUGUCCUCUGUUUCUCAUUAUUAUCCUCUGGUGGACUGGCAACCUGUUGAUGGUGCACACUGACCCUGAAGGCACACACCAGUUCCCCCUGUGACCCUGUGAGGAUAAAUAUAGCCUGAAAUAUAGAUGGAUGGAUAAUUAUCAGGAAUUCAGCUGACUAGAUGAUACAUUAAAACCCCCCUAGCAUUCAUGAGGACACUGGUGUCCUCAUGGACUUACAUGUUUAAAGGCUUAAAAUUGUUCUCUUUGUGUAUUUAAUCCAGGAUAUUUCAUCCCCAUAUUGACAAACCUAAGAUUUAUCCAUUUAGUUUAGUUAUUUAUAUCUGUUUUUUUCAUUGUGUUGUUUCAUUAUUUGUUGGAACUUUCAGAAGUUAAGACCUGACUACGAUUUUAGCAGGUUCAGUGUUAAUAUUUUGUACUCAAUUGGCCAAAAUGUUAUAAAAACUGCAAUACCACAAAGUCAAGUCUGGAAAAGAGACACUUUGCAAAGAAAAAAGUGUUUGAAGCCGAACCAGAAGAAAGAAGAGCUUUCAGCAGAUACUGGGCUCUGGGCUGCUGGAGGACAACAAGCAGUCGAAAUGCUGUAGAGGUUAUUUUUUAUUUAACUAAUUUAAGAAAUAAAACCCAAAAGCACAGAGCCUCGGUACUUAUUGAAAAGUCACGUUUAGAUUUGUUCUAAUUUUUUUUGUUUUACAAUGUCACAGAUUAUAGGUGAGUCACUGUACUGCACGGAGCUGCUUCCCAUUAUAUUUUCCCGAUUUAGUUUUUAAACACUGGUGAUCUUGAAAUGACAUGAAAAGUUCUGUCCUCAUUCAAAUGAACAGAUGCACGGAUGUAACCUGACAAGUGAUACGUUACUGAUCUGUCUUUUUGUCAAUUGUGUAAUUUAAAUGAAUGUUGUGUUGAAAGCCAUAUGAAUUAUCAAUAACUUAACAUUUAUUGAUUUUGGAGCGUUUACAUUAAUACAUUUUCUAUUCAGAUUAUAAAGACUCAUGUUUUAUUUUUGCUUCAUUCGGGCCCAACUUUUAAUUCGGUUUCUCCUGUAUUUUCUUUUCCAACAAGCUGGGAGCUAAUUUUGUUGAUUUUAUGUCUCACUUCAGUUCUGUGUUUGAGGCUAACAGACUUCAGACAUCCUUAAUUUCAGGUGGACCUUCUUGUAGGAAUUUACAUGCAGGUGAGCUGGGCUCCAAACUAAAAGAAGGUUGACCAAUUAGUGUUAACGGCAGCGGCUCUGAUUGUUGCUCUCCUGAUUUGAACUUCAGCUGCUGCUGAACACAGUCCUCUAUCAGCCAGCGCACAUGAGAGACGGCAUCAGAGCCAGAAGCGUGACUGCAGACACUGACCCAUUUUCAGCUUUCAGGCUGUGCUGAUGUUCAGAUUCUAAGAAAUAUCAAUGCUCCAUAGCUGUCACUGCCUGACUUGACUCACACUUUUAACAAAGAAACACACAGGGAAAAUUUCGUUCAGCACAGUAGGAAUGGAUUACAAGCUCAUUGCUAUUCACUUUAUUUUAUAGCAUCCAAACUAACUAUUGUACACUUGCAUUGAAAAAUGUAUUUCACAUUCUCCUUUAGGCAUCCACCCUUGUUUUGUAAAUUGUUUUGUUCUCAUGCAAAGUGUAAAAAAAAUCACAUUGCAAUGCUUAGAACUGAAGUUUUACACAUAAAAGCACCAUAUAAAAUUUGUAAAUAUGGGAGAAAUAGUUUUGAAAUAAUUACUCAUGCAGGCCUCAGUUGAAUUUCAUAAGAAUCUUUUUAAGAUUCUAUCAAAUUCAAUAAUACUCACUAUUUAACCGUAUACUGUUUUUAUAAAACAGAAAUACCAAAAGCUGGUCUUUUUGUUUUAUCUUCUGUUAUCCUUUUGUUUUUAAUGUAAAAAAAGACAUUAAUAGGUUUGUGAAAACACCUUUGUUCAAUUUGAUUUCCCUCUAAUUCAGGUCAUGUUAAAAAUGUCCCAUAAGGUAAACUAUCUGUUUCACUAUGAUAAUGAACAUUAUUCAGUAUUUUAAAUUUGGAUUAAAUUAAUCACUUUUCUCAAAAUAAAUUCAGGAAAUUUGUAUAUAGUAGAAAAACAAUCAGUCACAUUUACGUGUCUCUGGUCUUAGUGCCUGGACUAGCUUCUAAAAAUCCUAUUUAACCAACAGCUGUGUUGGGAUUUCUAAUUCAUUUUCCUUCCCCCGCCAGCAAUAAAAACUGAAGAGAUAUUUGCGUUCUUGUAAUUAGCAGAAACCUCAUAGCUGCUUCAGAUCUGAUGCCUCCACAAUCAAAUCUGCCUCUAAAUAAAUGAAUCAGUGACUCAGUCUGCAGCAUUUCUCAGCAGCAGCUCCAGGAAGCAGGAAGAUAAAAACAAAUAUGCAGUAAAAGCUGUCACUGUGGUUCCUGCCUGUCAUGGCUGACUAAUGAAACGUGCACUUUACUCGAAGCCAAUUGAUCCCAUAAUGAUAAUCCUGCCGAAAUACUCACAGCUUGUUUCAAAUUUUGGUGUUAGUCUUUGGUAACUUAUAGGGUUUAACAUUUAGGUAAAAAUAAUAAAUUUCAGUCUCAUUUGAGUCUCUUUCCAUGUUUACUGACUCCCAUGUCUCAAUGCUUUCUUUCAACAAUGUUUUUUUUUUUGUCUUGCUGCUCUUCUAUAAAGGCUGGGUUUUUCUCUAUAUACAGAUGUCACAAGAGUGAAAAGAAGACUGAUAUUUGCAAGGAAAUGUUCUAUUUGCCGAUCCUGCCUGUCAUUCAUUUAUUCUCCUGGUCCAUCUGUGGUCUGGUUCCCUGCUGUGCGCCAGCUCUCACCUCCUUUGACCAAUAUCUCUGACCCACUAUUAUUGACAGACAUUAAGGUUUUUUCAUUCAGAGAACUGCCACAAAAGCUGCUGAACAACUUAUUUUCUGGCGAUUUGACAAUGCCCCAAGAACUGCCAGUGUCACGCCAAACGUCAGCACUAAAUCAAAAACACGAAAAGAUGUUGCUCUCCGUUUGAAAAGCCUUCACGUGACAGUGGCUCACGUUGCUAGAAAACAAAGAAUGUCACAUCACGUUUAGUCCUUUAUAGCUUAGCCUGAGUGGAGUUUGUGCCUGUGCAAAUUUCUUCAACAGCUGCAAAUGUUGAUUACUUUCCACAAACUAAACACGGCCGUAAUUCUGCAUUCCCAUCUGUUUGAACAGUUUGUAUUCAGAGGUGCAGCAUUGCUUAAUAGAAUAAAUCUUUACUAUAAGUGUAAACAGCACAGAGGCAGUUUUGUUAGGCAGGUUGGAUUUAGCAGCUGUGAAAAAACGGGAGCUAUUUAGAUUAGAGAUUGACUGAUAUUGUUUACUCUAUAACCACUGCUGAUGCCAGUGCUCAUAAAUCAAUGCAGGCAGUGAUCAGUAAUCUUAAGUGAAAUUGCUCCGAGUACAAGGUCAUGCUUCUGGCACUAUUCAUCCUGCCUGUAUUGAGUUACGUAGUGUUGAGGAAUAGACUGAGAAACAAAGAAUUAUAUGAGCAGGCCAUCAGGACCAGAUCUCAGACCUGAAAGCUUUUUGUUUAACAAGAUUGUGCUUCAAACAUGAAAACCACUAUGUGGUCUAAUCUGGUAAAAAUGCACUUUAUUAAUCGUGCUGGGCCAUUUCAUUUUACAUGUUUGGUCAGAUUUGACAUACAUUGCUGAAAAAUACUAUCUUAAAAUGAGUUAAAACAACAGUGUGUUUCUUAGCAUCUGCUCCUGGAAAGUCUGGAAAUUCAUUGAAACAGAUAUUUUUUUCUUUCUGAAACAAAAACAUCUCUAUCCAGACAGGAAUGCAACCGACUAAUAAGUUUUUUUAAAGACGUUGAUGAAACUUCAUCAUUAACAAGGCCAUAAUCUUAUCUGAAGCUUGUACAGUAACAGCCAAAAGUUUUGGUUGUGAUACAAAUGUUGUGUUAUGUGGUUUUCACAUAAAUUUUUUAAACAUAAAUCAGGCUGUGGCCGUGACUUACCACCUUUUGUUAAAUAGUGUGAUGGUAAGUUGACCUGGAGGUCAAAAUCUAAAUAUUUUGUGUCCAGAAUAGGUGUAGUCUGCAGAGACCUAGAUGUCUGCAGACCCCGGUACAGGUUCCACAUGAAGGAAAGGUCUGCUCUGAUCAUCCUCGCUGCAGACGUGAUUUUUCAUUGCACUCUGGCCCUGUCGUGUUUUGUGGCCGAACCAAACAGUGAUGGAUCUGCAGAGAUAUGAUGGUUAAAGGCAGUGCAGAAUAAAACCAGCAGUUCCUGUGGAAGGUUGUACUUCUAUAUAGUUGCUGCGGGAAGCACAAUAUCUGCUGGGUCUUCAUAUGAGGACCAUCUCAGGCUGCGUGACGUGUGUUUCCUAGAAAACAAGUGAUCCGCAGUAGUCCCAGGAGAAUGGUGAGGUGAGGCUUCUGUUGGCUGCUCUGACAGCACAUUAAAAGGAAAACAUUGCAAUAACUGUUGGAAAAUAUUUAUUUUUCAAAAUGUUAUACUGAAAUCCUGAUUCUGCAAGAACCACAGUCUCCAUAAUAAGCUUAUCUAGAUACAAGAGUACAGCUGUGUUUGAAGUUUGGUGGUAACAUCGGAUUAAUUUAGGUGAUGCAUUGUAAACCCCGUCGUCCCGCAAUAGGCAGACAGGGAUAUGUUUGAUCUGACUGUCUCAAGAGUCACAUAUUAUAGUCUUAUAUUCAGAAACUGUGAUGCUGUGAUCUGUGACACUGUCUAGGAAGAUGACGUUCUGGAACAUUGGCUGGGAGGCUGACCCAUAUAAUGGACAGCACUGUCAGGUAGAAAUUAGGUCUCUGUGUUGCCCCACUUUAACGUCUACAAGCAGAAAUGUCUCAAUAAAUGUCCAAGCUUGUCUUUUGUGGCGAAGGGUGGACAACAGGUGGCUCUUACCUGAAACUCUGUUUUUGUCUACCUCAUCCAGCUUUCAAAUAUUUUGAUUGAAUCAAACAUUAAAAUAAUUUAAAUUAAGCAAAUAGAACAUUUUAACUUCCUCACAAGGAAAAUCCUUAGGUUUGUUUUAGUGUCGAUAGUACUUUACAACACAUUUUGUUUAACAAGGAGGACUUUUUAUGUGUGCUGUAAUUCAGAAAAUACACUCAGUAGAUGCUUUAUGCCCAUAGAUAUCACUGAAACAUCUGCUAACAUACUGUCAGGUCCUGGGCUGUUUGAGCUGUUUUGGGGUUUUGAUUAUUGUUCUGUGUUCCUUAGUUUCUUAUUUUGAUUAGAUCAGCCUUGUUUCUGUUUUACAUUAGGUCGGUCCUUCCUAGUGAUUCUAGUUUUAAAUUAUUUUGUCCUUGUAUUUGUUCUUUGUUACUCUUAAUUUAGUUUCCUUGUUUGCUUUCCCUCUCCCCUUCACACCUGCAACUUGUUAGCUCAGCCCUGGUCUGUUGUUCCUCCUUGCUGGUUUCUUCUAUUGUUUUCUUUUUCUAUUUCUUCCCCCAUCAGUGACCUGCUGUAGUUUUCUCUGGAUUUCAGUUUUUAAUCUCCUCUGGUUCCCUGUGGUCCCAUGAUUUUUUUGGUAAUUUUUUUGUUCUUAUUUUUUUCAUUAAAUCAACAUUAACUUGAUGUCUAUGCCCUACUUUAUUUUGGUCCACCAUCACCACACGCUACCAUGACAAAUACAAUCUCUCUGGGUGGCGUUAACCCGGUCUCCUUAACAUCUGUGAGGAAUUGUGAACCCAAGUAUCAUUUAACUGCAGUGUGUAUUAGAACGUCUUGAAACUGAUAAAUCUAAAUCAGAGUUGAUGGAAAGCAUCAAUUUGUGACACUUUUCUACUGUUUUUUCAUAGAUUUAGAGUUUAAGAACUCAAUCUUGACUGAGCUCUUUGAAAAUGAAUUAUGCUUUGAUUAUGGCUGCACAAUAUAUUACAAUAUCAGUCUCAGAAACGGUCUGGACAGCAGUAAAUACUGAAUAAUAAUAAAAUUAGCAUGCAUUCAAGCUCUGAUCUUUGUGCCAUUCUUUCAUUAUGGCCAGCUUUAUGGGUUACACCUGAGCGCUGGGUCUCUGCAGCUCCUCUAGUUAUCAUGGGCCUUUUUUUUUGGAUCAACCCAGACCAAUUCUUUAUCUUAUUAAAACAUUAGCUUCUUUUUGCCUAAGACUAUUUUUUGACAACAAUAAAGUCUAAUGCUUAUUAAAACACCGAACCCAGAUUAAGUUGUUUAAUAUUGCGCAAUUUGGUCUUCAUAAAUGCGACAAGGGACCUAAAAUCUU